AUGAGCGGCUCCCAGGCGCGCCUGCAUCAGGCCUCCGGAGCGGGAGGAGGAGGAGGAGGCGGGAGAGGCGGCGGCGUUGGAGGAGGCAGCAGCAUCAUCGGCCCCGGGGAGGACGCCGCCGAGAUGCCGGCCACGGAGAAGGACCUGGCGGAGGACGCGCCUUGGAAGAAGAUCCAGCAGAACACCUUCACGCGCUGGUGCAACGAGCACCUCAAGUGCGUCCAGAAGCGCAUCGCCAACCUGCAGACGGACCUGGGCGACGGGCUGCGGCUGAUCGCGCUGCUCGAGGUGCUGAGCCAGAAGAAGAUGGGCCGCAAGUACAACGCCCGGCCCACCUUCCGCCAGAUGCAGCUGGAGAACGUCUCCGUCGCCCUGGAGUUCCUCGAGAGGGAGAACAUCAAGCUCGUCUCCAUCGACAGCAAAGCUAUUGUAGAUGGGAACCUGAAGCUGAUCCUGGGCCUGAUCUGGACGCUGAUCCUGCAUUAUUCCAUCUCCAUGCCCAUUUGGGAUGAAGAGGAUGACGAAGAGGCCAAGAAGCAAACCCCCAAACAACGGCUGCUGGGCUGGAUCCAAAACAAAUUGCCUCAGUUGCCCAUCACAAACUUCAGCAGAGAUUGGCAGAGUGGCCGGGCAUUGGGAGCUCUCGUUGACAGCUGCGCUCCAGGUCUGUGUCCUGACUGGGAUUCAUGGGAUGCCAGCAAGCCUGUCAACAAUGCCAGGGAGGCCAUGCAGCAAGCUGAUGAUUGGUUGGGCAUCCCACAGGUGAUCACUCCUGAAGAGAUUGUGGAUCCCAACGUCGAUGAGCACUCCGUCAUGACAUACCUCUCCCAGUUCCCCAAAGCCAAGCUAAAGCCAGGAGCCCCUCUUAGACCCAAGCUGAACCCUAAGAAGGCCAGGGCUUAUGGGCCAGGUAUCGAACCCACGGGGAACAUGGUGAAAAAGAAGGCCGAGUUCACUGUAGAAACAAUCAGUGCUGGUCAGGGAGAAGUACUGGUAUAUGUUGAGGACCCUGCUGGGCACCGUGAAGAAGCUAAGGUGAUUGCAAACAAUGACAAGAAUCGGACCUUUUCUGUGUGGUAUGUGCCAAAGGUGACAGGUGUUCACAAGGUGACAGUACUGUUUGCCGGGCAGCAUAUUGCCAAAAGUCCCUUUGAGGUUAAUGUGGACAAAUCACAUGGAGAUGCCAGCAAAGUCACUGCCCAGGGCCCUGGCUUGGAGCCUUCAGGAAACAUUGCCAACAAGACCACCUACUUUGAGAUUUUCACUGCUGGUGCCGGAGUUGGGGAAAUUGAAGUCAUCAUUCAAGACCCAACAGGCAAAAAGGGGACAGUCGAGCAAAAUUUGGAGGACAAGGGCAACAGUACCUACCGCUGCACCUAUAAACCCAUCUUGGAGGGCACAUAUACCAUCUACAUCACCUUUGGUGGGAUCCCUAUCCCCCGCAGUCCAUAUACAGUCACUGUGGGGCAGGCAUGCAAUCCCAAUGCCUGCAGAGCAGUGGGCCGAGGCCUACAGCCCAAAGGUGUCCGGGUGAAGGAAACGGCAGAUUUCAAGGUCUACACAAAAGGUGCCGGCAGUGGCGAACUAAAAGUUACAGUGAAAGGCCCAAAAGGACUAGAGGAACGUGUCAAGCAGAAGGACUUGGGUGAUGGUGUGUACAGCUUUGAGUACUACCCCACUGUGCCUGGGAACUACACAGUCACAAUUACUUGGGGUGGACAGCACAUCCCCCGCAGCCCAUUUGAGGUAAAAGUGGGAACAGAAUGCACAAACCAGAAGGUGAGAGCCUGGGGACCCGGUUUGGAAGGAGGCGUCGUUGGCAAGUCAGCUGAUUUUGUGGUGGAGGCCAUCGGAGAUGAUGUUGGCACACUAGGUUUCUCAGUGGAGGGCCCUUCGCAGGCUAAGAUUGAAUGUGAUGACAAAGGUGACGGCUCUUGUGACGUGCGCUACUGGCCCCAGGAACCUGGCGAGUAUGCUGUUCAUGUGUUCUGCAACAGUGAGGACAUAAAGCUCAGUCCCUUCAUGGCUGAGAUCAAAGCUGCUCCCAAGGACUUCCACCCUGAGAAGGUAAAAGCCUAUGGCCCAGGGCUAGACAAGACUGGUGUUGCUGUCAACAAACCUGCAGAAUUUACAGUGGAUGCUAAGAAUGGUGGAAAGGCACCUCUCAAAGUGCAAGUACAGGAUUCUGAUGGAUCUCCCGUGGAUGUCUCCAUGAAGGACAAUGGCAAUGGUACCUACAGCUGCUCCUAUGUGCCCAAGAAGCCCGUGAAGCACACAGCCAUGGUCUCCUGGGGAGGAGUCAACAUCCCCAACAGUCCCUACAGGGUGAAUGUUGGAGCUGGCAGUCACCCCAACAAAGUGAAAGUAUAUGGUCCCGGUGUGGCGAAAACUGGCCUGAAGGCUCACGAACCUACUUAUUUUACAGUCGACUGCACAGAGGCUGGACAAGGUGAUGUGAGCAUUGGGAUUAAGUGUGCCCCAGGUGUUGUGGGUCCAGCCGAGGCAGACAUCAACUUUAACAUCAUUCGGAAUGACAACGACACAUUCACAGUCAAGUAUACUCCCCAUGGUGCUGGCAGCUAUACCAUCAUGGUGCUUUUUGCUGACCAGGCCACCCCCACCAGCCCCAUCAGAAUUAAAGUGGACCCCUCGCAUGAUGCUAGCAAGGUGAAGGCUGAGGGACCUGGCCUCAACAGGAAUGGUGUAGAGAUUGGCAAGCCAACUUAUUUCACAGUCAAUACCAAGGCAGCUGGUAAGGCCAAGCUGGAUGUCCAAUUCACUGGCCCAGCCAAAGGAGAGGCUGUUAGAGAUUCUGAAAUAAUUGAUCACCAUGAUAACACCUAUACUGUCAAGUACACCCCUGUGCAACAGGGUAACAUUGGAGUGAACGUAACAUAUGGAGGAGACCACAUCCCAAAGAGCCCAUUCAACGUGGGAGUGGCACCCACCCUGGACCUCAGCAAAAUCAAGAUCUCCGGUCUUGGAGACAAAGUGGAAGUGGGCAAAGACCAGGAAUUCACCGUCAAGUCCAAGGGGGCUGGAGGCCAAGGCAAAGUGGCUACUAAGAUCACAGGCCCUUCAAACAAGCCUGUACCCUGCAAAGUGGAACCAGGACUCAGCUCGGACAACAGCGUGGUGAAGUUCAUCCCCCGGGAGGAAGGGCCCUAUGAGGUGGAUGUGACCUAUGAUGGAGUGCCUGUUCCAGGCAGCCCCUUCCCUGUGGAAGCUGUGCCUCCCACCAACCCAUCCAAGGUGAAGGCCCAUGGUCCAGGCUUGAAGGGUGGCCUGGCUGGUUCUCCUGCCCCCUUUACCAUAGAUACCAAAGGAGCUGGAAAUGGUGGCCUUGGUCUGACUGUGGAGGGCCCUUGCGAGGCCAAAAUUGAAUGCUUGGACAAUGGAGAUGGCACGUGCUCAGUCUCCUAUUUGCCCACUGAACCUGGAGAGUAUAACAUCAACAUCCUUUUUGCUGAUACCCAUGUGCCCGGCUCUCCUUUCAAAGCCCAGGUGGUGCCUGGCUUUGACCCAUCAAAGGUGAAAUGUUCUGGCCCUGGCCUGGAACAUGCCACAGUGGGACAGGCUGGAGAGUUCAGCGUGGAUUGCUCCAGUGCUGGUAGCGCUGAGCUCACCAUUGAGAUCAUUUCUGAAAGUGGCACACAAGCUGAAGUCCAUGUGCGGGACAACGGGGAUGGCACAUACACCAUCACAUACAUCCCUCUCUGCCCGGGUGUCUACACCAUCACAAUCAAAUACGGUGGGCAGCCUAUUCCAAACUUUCCCAGCAAGCUCAAUGUGGAGCCAGCUAUGGACACCUCUGGAGUUAAGGUCUAUGGGCCCGGUGUGGAAGGCAAAGGAGUUUUUCGUGAGGCCACCACUGAGUUUAAUGUGGAUGCGCGGACGCUGACGAAGACCGGAGGCCCUCAUGUCAAAACAAGAGUGUCAAAUCCCUCUGGAAACGUGACAGAGAGUUAUGUGCGUGACAAUGGCGAUGGGACCUACAAUGUGGAGUACACACCCUAUGAAGAUGGUGUCCACUCUAUUGAUGUAACCUAUGAUGGCAGCCCUGUGCCCAGUAGCCCUUUCCGUGUCCCAGUAACAGAAGGGUGUGAUCCUACAAGGGUCAGAGUCCAUGGCCCUGGCAUCCAAAAUGGGACUACAAACAAGCCAAAUAAAUUCACUGUGGAGACCAGGGGGGCUGGUACUGGUGGACUGGGUCUAGCUGUUGAAGGUCCUUCUGAAGCCAAGAUGUCCUGCACUGACAACAAAGAUGGCAGCUGCUCUGUGGAAUACAUUCCCUAUGAGCCAGGCACCUACAGCCUCAAUGUCACUUACGAUGGCCACCAAGUACCAGGGAGUCCUUUCAAAGUGCCGGUGAAUGAUGUGGUGGAUUCAUCAAAGGUUAAAUGUUCAGGUCCUGGCCUGACUCCAGGUGUGGUCCGAGCCAAUGUCCCCCAGUCUUUCACUAUCGAUACCAGCAAGGCAGGUGUGGCACCCCUCCAGGUCAAAGUCCAGGGUCCCAAAGGGGUGGUUGAGCCCGUGGAUGUGGUGGAUAAUGCUGAUGGAACUCAGACUGCAAGUUAUGUGCCGAGCAGGGAGGGCCCAUACAAUAUUGCUGUAAUUUAUGGAGAUGAGGAAGUGCCACGCAGCCCAUUCAAGGUCAAGGUCCUACCCACACAUGAUGCCAGCAAAGUGAAGGCAAGUGGCCCGGGGCUGAACACGACCGGUGUACCUGCCAGUCUGCCAGUGGAGUUCACAAUCGAUGCCAAGGAUGCUGGAGAGGGCUUGUUGGCUGUUCAGAUCACAGAUCCUGAAGGCAAACCCAAAAAGGCCACUAUUCGGGACAACCAAGAUGGCACCUACACUGUGUCUUAUGUGCCUGACAUGACAGGUCGCUACACCAUCCUUAUAAAGUACGGUGGGGAUGAAAUUCCCUACUCGCCAUACCGUAUCCGUGCAUUGCCCACUGGUGAUGCCAGCAAGUGUACAGUCACAGUGUCGAUUGGAGGUCAUGGGCUAGGAGCUGGCAUUGGCCCCACCAUCCAGAUUGGUGAAGAGACGGUAAUCACCGUGGAUGCCAAGGCUGCCGGGAAGGGCAAGGUGACAUGCACCGUUUGUACUCCUGACGGCACUGAGGUGGACGUUGAUGUGGUGGAAAAUGAGGACGGCACCUUUGACAUCUUCUACACGGCACCCCAGCCAGGCAAAUAUGUCAUCUGUGUGCGCUUUGGAGGAGAACAUAUCCCCAACAGUCCUUUCCAGGUCACGGCCCUGGAUGGUGAGCGCCCGACCCCCCAACAGAUGGCUCAGCCGAUGCGUGCCCCACCCUACGCAUAUCCGUCUGGUGCACAGCAGCCCUGGGGACCAGCAGUAACAGCGACAGACCGUCCCAUCAAUGGGCUGGAUGCUGGACUGCGGCCUUUCGACUUGGUUAUCCCUUUUACCAUCAAGAAAGGAGAGAUAACAGGUGAGGUGCGCAUGCCAUCUGGCAAGGUAGCAAAGCCAGACAUCACUGACAACAAGGAUGGCACAGUGACGGUGCGCUAUGCACCCACAGAAGCUGGCUUACAUGAGAUGGAUAUCCGCUAUGACAAUAUGCACAUCCCAGGCAGUCCCCUUCAAUUCUAUGUCGACUAUGUCAACAGUGGCCAUGUGACUGCCUAUGGGCCAGGUCUUAUCCAUGGGGUAGUCAACAAGCCUGCAGUCUUCACUGUCAAUACAAAAGAUGCAGGAGAAGGUGGCCUCUCUCUGGCCAUUGAAGGCCCCUCUAAGGCUGAGAUCAGCUGCACUGAUAACCAGGAUGGCACUUGUACCGUGUCCUAUCUUCCAGUCCUACCGGGUGACUACAACAUCCUGGUGAAAUACAAUGACAAACACAUCCCAGGAAGUCCUUUCACUGCCAAGAUUACUGCAGAUGACACGAUGCGCAUGUCCCACCUGAAAGUGGGCUCUUCUGCUGACAUCCCCCUGAACAUCACAGAGACAGACUUGAGCCAACUGACUGCCACAGUGAUCCCACCAUCUGGCCGCGAGGAGCCCUGUCUGCUCAAACGAUUGCGCAAUGGGCAUGUAGGAAUUUCCUUUGUCCCCAAAGAGAUUGGAGAACACAUUGUGAACAUCAAGAAGAAUGGGCUGCACAUCCCCAGUAGCCCAAUCACAGUGAUGAUUAGCCAAUCAGAAAUUGGUGACGCCAGUCGUGUUAGGGUCUCUGGUCCAGGGCUGAGUGAAGGCCGGACUUUUGAACCAUCAGAAUUCAUCAUUGAUACAAGAGAUGCUGGUUAUGGUGGGCUGAGUUUAUCUAUUGAAGGCCCUAGUAAGGUUGACAUCAACACAGAGGACUUAGAAGAUGGGACUUGCAAAGUCACCUAUUGCCCAACUGAGCCUGGCAACUACAUAAUCAACAUCAAAUUUGCAGACCAACAUGUUCCAGGCAGCCCAUUUUCUGUGAAGGUCACUGGAGAGGGUCGAAUGAAGCAGAUGAUCACACGGCGCCAGAAAGCCCCUUCAGUCGCCAACAUUGGCACUGAGUGUGACCUCAGUUUGAAAAUCCCAGAGAUCAAUAUCAGAGACAUGACAGCUCAGGUGACUAGCCCAUCAGGAAAAUCCCAUGAUGCAGAGAUCUUGGAGGCUGAAAACAACACUUACUGCAUCCGCUUUGUGCCCACUGAGACAGGCAUCCACUCAGUCAGCGUCAAAUACAAAGGGCAGCAUGUACCUGGAAGCCCCUUCCAAUUCACUGUUGGGCCUCUUGGUGAGGGCGGUGCCCACAAGGUCCGGGCAGGUGGCCCAGGCUUGGAAAGAGCUGAAGCUGGAGUGCCAGCUGAAUUUAGCAUUUGGACACGGGAGGCAGGGGCAGGAGGUCUCUCAAUUGCUGUGGAAGGUCCCAGUAAGGCAGAAAUUGCUUUUGAGGACCGCAAAGAUGGCUCAUGUGGUGUUUCCUACAUUGUGCAAGAGCCUGGCGACUAUGAAGUUUCAGUGAAGUUCAAUGAUGAGCACAUCCCAGACAGUCCCUUUGUGGUGCCAGCCACCUCCACCUCAGAUGAUGCCCGCCGGCUUACUGUUUCUAGUCUUCAGGAGUCAGGGUUAAAAGUGAACCAGCCAGCCUCGUUUGCCGUCAGCUUGAACGGGGCCAAAGGUGUGAUUGAUGCCAAAGUGCACAGCCCUUCAGGGGCCCUGGAAGAGUGCCAUGUUACAGAAAUCGAUGAAGAUAAGUAUGCCGUGCGUUUCAUCCCCCGUGAGAAUGGCAUCUAUUCUGUCGAUGUCAAAUUCAAUGGCAGCCACAUCCCUGGCAGCCCCUUCAAGAUUCGUGUUGGGGAGGUGGGCCAAGCUGGUGACCCCGGGAUGGUGUCUGCUUAUGGCCCUGGCUUAGAAGGUGGUAUAACAGGAAAACCUGCAGAAUUCAUAGUCAACACCACAAAUGCGGGACCUGGGGCGCUAGCUGUCACAAUUGAUGGCCCCUCGAAAGUGAAGAUGGAUUGCCAAGAGUGCCCAGAGGGCUAUAAGGUCAUCUAUACACCCAUGGUGCCUGGUAGUUACCUCAUCUCCAUUAAGUUUGGUGGCCCAUACCACAUUGCUGGCAGCCCUUUCAAAGCCAAAAUCACAGGGACCCGCCUGGUCCCCAGUCACAGCCUCCACGAGACUUCGUCAGUCUUCAUGGAUGGGGCAGCCAAACCUGAUGGAGCAACACCCAAGUUUGCCUCUGAUGCCAGCAAAGUGGUGGCCAAGGGUCUGGGCCUUAACAAGGGUUUUGUGGGGCAAAAGAAUUCCUUCACUGUUGAUUGCAGCAAAGCAGGGAACAACAUGCUGCUGGUGGGCGUCCAUGGCCCUAAGACCCCCUGUGAGGAGAUUGUGGUGAAGCACCUGGGCAACCGGCUCUAUAACGUCACCUACCUGCUGAAGGACAGAGGGGAUUAUGUGCUGGUGGUGAAAUGGGGAGAUGAGCACAUCCCCGGCAGCCCCUUUCACGUCUCUGUGCCUUAAUUUCCCCCUCCCCGCCUGAUUGUAACACUGCCCUUCCUCCUGGGCCCCAAUGUAGUACCACUCCCCUCCCCUUGAGACACUACUGCUCUCUUGGAUGGGCAGGGUUUCUGUGCCACUGAGGCUGGUUUAUGGGAUUGGGAGGGAGCAGGUUGCCCUUAGGAUGAGAGGGAAUUCCUGUGGAUCUGUUUACAUGCAGCACUAACUACUUCUUUUCCCAUCCAGUUUGUCAGUGAUUUUUCCUUUUCUCCCUUUUGGGGCAGGAGGCAGGACUGAUGACACUUUUUUUUCUUUGCCAAAGCACCAGCUUUGUGCCCAUGGACUGAAUCUGUGCCACUUCCUAGAUUUGCCCUAUUAACAACAACAAAAGUUUGGCAUCUGGCUACUACAUAUGCGUAUCAGUGCCAUCCACUGCUUGAGAGAAACCACUGCUCCCAAAGGAACUGCAGACGGCCUGUCUCUUUCGUCUCUAGAUCUCCUUUCCCAUUUUAUGGCUUGAGAUGGAAGCUCUAUUGAUAACAGAUAACCUAAUGGCAAGAGCUGCUCCUUGCUUUGCCAGUUUUAUAACCAAAAACCUUUGUUUAGUCCUUCCAAGACUUAAGUCGUACACAACUGCCAAGUCCUUUCUCUGAUGAGGGAAGGGGAAUAAAACGUUCUGCUUCAAAUGGU